AUGCCUGUAACUCCAUUAAAAAAAAAUCCAACAAUUAGAUCACCAUUACUGACAGCUGCAUUAUUAGCACCUACCCUUGUUGGAUCAUUCACUGCAGUUUUUGAAUUAUUUACUGCAGUUACAGUGACAACUAUAGGGAUGCUUGUAUUAUUUAAAGAAUUAACAAAUUUUAAUAAAUAA